AUAAAAAGUAUAUUGUUUAUUUGCCAGAUUUCUUUCUCUCCAUGCAUCUUUCAAGUCUAUUAACAAGAACUCUAUUUUUGUAUGGCUGUGUGCCCUGCAAGUGGUGGGGCUGGGGAGAUGCAUAUGUUUCCUAUCUGGGGUUGAGGUAGAUAAUUUCGCACCGUAGCUAAAGGAUCUAGAAAUAAACAUUAGGAAGUACAAGCUGACACAUCUGAGAGACUUUGCUUCUGUAGGAUGGUCACCAAUUGAAUUUAGCCCCAUGGAGGGUGAGCAGCGGUAGGCACACAAAACAGUGUUGAGAUGCAGGUCAGGGGUUCUCCUUCUGGCUGUUUGCUUUCCACUCAAUUUUGCUUACAUUUAGCGGCUUUGAAUCUGGAGGCAUAUUAUAAGAUUUCAUUUCUGCUGACUAAAUCUGCUCUUAAUUCUAAGGCAGUUGAGUGAGGUGAAGAUAGCAGAACUGUGCUAGUAAUAAGUUUAGAGAGGAAAGGGAAAAAAAAUUGGAAAGGUUAAAGAGGGAGAAAUGUUAUGAUGUGACCUGGAUGUUGAACAAGUAAAUUGGCGUCUGGAGACUAAAUUCCCUGGAGAAAGUCCUUAUAGUCAUUAGGAGUCACACCUAUGUCAAAGGAGACUUUGUCUUUACCCAUACACAAGCUUACUCACAAUUGGAUAGAGCAGAGAUAAAUAUAGCCUAUUACAGUCUAGAUAUUUUGGAGAGCAAUUCCCCCAGUCAGUUGCUGUUGGCCUUGCUGGAUGAAACUAGACCUGAUUGCCUCCCCUUAAGUAUGGGAACCAAGGCGAUGUGGUAAUGUAUUUCACACUAAAUUGACUUUCUGAAUCUUUGCCAAUAAAGCCUUGUAUCUGAAUUCUCUAUCUUGGCAGGAGGACACAAAGGAAGACGUGCUUUUGUCUUGCCCCUCUUUUCUGGCAACUUCCAAAGGGGAGAGAGAAGAUUUAAUGACCUAGGAUGAAAGUUAAGCAAACGAAGAAAUACUCUGGUUAUAGUAGCCAAAACACCAUCUAAUUACUCUUUAGAAAACAAAGCCAUCUUCUUCUUUUUUUAUUUCAUGCAACUUUCUUGCACACGUUUAGUUUUGAUUCCACAUUUAAAAAAAAAAUUCAACAUACAGGAGAGUGAGUCUUUACCCCUUUUUGGUGCUUAGAAUUAUUUAACAAUCGGUGAAGAAAUUCACAAGGGAUCCCCCCAAUGGGAGAAAAACGCUUGAGAUACCCCAGUCUUGGGGAAAACCUUCUGGGCAAGUCUGAUCUCUCUGAACCUCAGCAAGUCUGCGCAACAGAUAAGCUAUAUAAAUGCCUGGAAUGUGGGAAAUGUUUCACUCACAGUAAGAACUUCAGCACUCACCAAAGAAUCCACACUGGCGAAAAGCCUUACAAAUGCCCUGAGUGUGGUAAAAGGUAUGGUGCCAGCUCAACCCUGAGUAGACAUCGGAAAAUUCACAUGGAAGAAAAGCCUUAUAAAUGCCCAGACUGUGAUAAGAGUUUCAGUUACAAAGCAGAUCUCAUCAAGCACCACCGUGUUCAUACAGGGGAGAAACCUUAUGUGUGUGGCGAGUGUGGGAAAAGUUUCAGUCAAAGCUCCAAUUUUGUUACGCAUCAGAGAAGCCACACGGGAGAGAAACCUUAUGAAUGUCCUGACUGUGGGAAAAGUUUUACCGUGAGCUCGAGUCUUAUUGAGCAUCAGCGUGUCCACACAGCUGAAAAGCCCUUCUUGUGCCUGGAAUGUGGGAAAAGUUUUAAUCGCAGCUCCCAUCUCAACGUGCACCAGAGGAUUCACACAGGGGAAAGGCCUUUUCAGUGUCCGGAUUGUGGGAAAGGCUUCACCAUUCUCUCCACUCUUAGUAAACACCAGAGAAUCCACACAGGAGAGAAACCUUAUAAAUGUCCCAAAUGUGAGCGGAGUUUUCGGGUGAGCUCGAUUCUGACCCAACAUAUUAGGACCCACACGGGAGAGAAGCCAUACGUUUGCUCUGAGUGUGGGAGGAGUUUCAGUCAAAAAUCGCCUCUCAUUGCUCACCAGAAGCUUCACAGUCGUCAGAAAACCCGGUAGCUGAGGGCUGCACAGCUCCAGGAGACAAGUGAUUGAUGCUGACUCCAGCUAAUCCCUCCUGUGCAUCUGAGGAAUGGGAAGGCUAUGGGGUCCCCUUUUGUCUCCAGACAUGUCAGAGCUGCAGGGGCCCCAAAGGUUUCUGCAGCGGGUGGAAAGCACUACCUGAGGUUCGAUUUCCUUCUCUGAAGGUCAACACGCUUUUCCACUGUUGGAGGUUGUCAGAAUUAUCAUUGGGCCCCUGGAAUCUUCUCCCAUUGAACUCCAGGACUGUAAGCUAAGAAAUGGUUGAGUAGUAAUUAGUAAUAGUUUGGGAAAUGGAAAAUUGUAAUCUAUUCUUUUUGUCCUAUAUAGAAGUGUUGCUUGUCUAAAAAUGGCAUCCUUUUUUAUUUCCAAAUAAGAAGCCCAUUUACAAUCCAGCUGCUGUUGUCUUGACUGAGCCUUUGGGAUGUUAGAAAUCCAAAUCUAUUAUGCCAUAACAGCUCCAUGAUGACUAGGAUAGGAAGUAGGACUUGGAACAAUACAUUGUACGUAGAUUCUGAUACUAAUAAACAUUUUUUAAAAAAGACUGUCUACCUCUGGUUGGAAAUAAAUCAGUGCCUUUACUGGAUGAUUUAUCCAGCAAGAUCUUCUAUCCCUUUCUCCUUCUCCGUGUCUCCUUUCUUUUUGUCUCCUCCUUUCCUAAUUCUCUUCCAUUGGCCAACAAGAAGUCCUUGCCAUACUUUAUAUCUCCAUAUAAUCUGUGGGAGGAGAAAGUGUUGGAUCCUACUCUAGGACUUUCCAGCUUGGUGCCUUUAGAUGUUUUAGCAUACAACUCCCAUCACCCAAGGUUGGGGGGGUGGAGAAUGGGAGUCAUAAUACAGUUCAUUUGGAAGAGAUUAGGCCAGGGAAAAUUUAAAUGGGUUCAUAGCCCAUUUCUAAGUCAAAGGGAAGCAGGUCUUUCCAAUGAAGUAUGUGUGAGUAUAUAUGUACAUAUCUAUGUACAGGUCCUUUACAAAGUCUUUGGAAAUGCAUUCACAGAGAUGGAACAUAUUUUAAACAGAUUUAUUUAUAACUGAUGAGAGUAUCACAGUUUUCAACAACGGUGAAUCAAAAUAUUGUCCCAAGUAUAUAAAUUCCUGCAAAAUUUCUCAGAUUCUAAAGUGGCAAUCAUGUUAGUCAUAAAGAGAGGAACGGACGGGCACGCAAUUACCCUUAAAGAGCAACAGAUCUAAACUAGCGUAAGCUUCUGUGGAAUACAAUUCACUUUGCAGGAAAAUUAUGGAAAGGUAUGCAGUAGAAUCAAAAUA